CGUCGACGCAUGCUCAAAUCGACCAUCGUAAUAUCCGCUGUGUCUACGUGCGGCGGCCAUAACACACUUCCGUUGUUCAAGGGUAUCUGAAGAAACCAGGCGAGACAACAUGUACCGGUUUGCUAAAGCUGCAGUUAACGUUACCGGUCAGGCCGUGCGGCAGGUGAGACAUGGAUCCACCACCCGCCAGGACUUCCACUCCAAGUAUGGCAACGCCCUGAUGGUCAGUGGGGCUGUCUUCUGCACAGCUGUGUGGUCAUAUGUGCUGACUCAGACUGGCAUCACCUGGAAUUUCUCACCAGUCGGAAAGGUCGCACCCAAAGAUUGGAGAGAGUCCGAGGAGUGAAGAGCCGCCAUGACAGACCUGCUUCUCACCUAAUAAACCUUCUGGUUGUACAGAUGAAUAAUGGAUAUCUGUGUGUUCAGACAGUGAAUGCCUAUGCUUAUUCCAACAUGUUACUUUGUGCAAAUAAAUUAAAUGUGAUUCUA